CCAUUCAUUCUUCACCUGGGGUCUCCUCCUUUUGGGUUCUCUGUGUCCCCAUCUCUCUCCACCUUCUCUCCCAUUAAUUCCACACCACAACCCAAAAGCCAAAUCCAAUGUACCCCUUUUCCAAUUCCCCACACUAUAAUACCACCUCUCCCCCUCUCUUUUCCCUCCUGAAAUUCUCUCCCUCCCUUUGAGCAAACGCAAGAACAUCAUUCCCUCCCUCCCUCCCUCCCUCCCUCUCUCCCUCUCUCUCUCUCUCACUCUCUCUCUUCUUGGGUUUUGUGUUCUCAUAAAGGAUCCGCUUCAAAAUGGGUGUUGAAACACCUACGGGCACGUGCAGCAGUGAACACAGCCUGGUAAAAUCCAAGACGUUGCUCCAGAAGAUGAUCUGGGAAUUCGGGUCGGGUUGUUUCCUCUCGGGCAAAGACCAAGACAAGGACAAAUCAGAGCACAACAAGGCGUGGUUGCUAGCUGAAUCAGGUGCUGGGUGCGGCGGUGGUGGUGGGGCCGAUUUAAUAACUUCGAAUGUGGACCCACAAUCAGUUCACUCCUCUUUCAGGUUCAGCUUAUGCUCCCAAGUUGAACUUGAUUCACUGUCUGCGUCAAAUUCUUCUUCCUCUUCUGCUUCUUCAAGUGCUACUGUUUUGAUGUUGAAUUUGGAAGAUGGGUUCACGGAAUCUCGAUCUGAAGAGCUCAAAUGGCGAAGGAUUGAGUCACUGGAGAGGAGUAUCUCCCCUGUGGCCCAUAAGUUGGUUAGGUUUAGCUACGCAGAAAUCCUCUCCGCCACUCGGAAUUUCUCUAAAGGUAGAGUUUUGGGUAGAGGGGCAUUGAGUUGUGUUUUCAGAGGGACGUUUGGGUUUUUGAGGACUACAGUAGCGAUUAAGCGGCUGGACAAGGAGGAUAAGGAGUCAUCAAAGGCAUUUUGUAGAGAACUGAUGAUUGCUAGUUCACUCCAAAACCCGAAUAUUGUUCCUCUUGUGGGGUUCUGUAUCAAUGCUGAAGAGGGUUUGUUUUUGGUGUACAAAUACGUAUCCGGUGGAAGCUUAGAGCGGUAUUUGCACGAAAGGAAGAGGGGAGCAAAAGGUGGUCCAUCACUACCAUGGUCCAUGAGGUAUAAGGUAGCCGUUGGAAUUGCAGAGGCAAUCAGUUAUUUGCACAACGGAACUGAGAAAUGUGUUGUUCACAGAGACAUUAAACCUUCUAAUAUUCUUCUAUCUUCGAAGAAAACCCCUAAGGUAUGUGACUUUGGUUUGGCUACGUGGACUACUGCUCCUUCAAUACCUUUCCUUUGUAAAACUGUGAAAGGAACUUUUGGUUACUUGGCUCCUGAGUAUUUCCAGCACGGGAAAGUGUCUGAUAAAACUGAUGUUUAUGCUUUUGGGGUGGUCCUGUUGGAAUUAUUAAGUGGACGGAAGCCAAAUGAAGCAAAGAGGGGACCAGGGGAAGAAAACUUGGUUGUGUGGGCAAAACCCCUGUUGCAGCAAGGAGCCACUGAAAGGCUGAUUGAUCCACGACUCAAAUUCACUCGCAAAAACUCAAAUAAGAUAUCUCGGAUGGUUCAAGCUGCAGCUGCCUGCAUUAACAGUGAUGAAUCUCUGAGGCCAGCGAUUGAUGAUGUUAUUACAAUAUUAAGACAAGAUCCCGAUUUCUCCAACAACAAAAUAUCCAGUUUUCCCAGCAGGGGUUGCAUGGUCGAUUGGUGCCCUCAAUUGCAACAAACAAGAGGUGAGAUGAAGGAUCAUCUAGCUUUGGCAAUGGUAGGAGUAUCAGAUGUUGAGGAUGAUGAUCACCUGUACUGUCGUUGAAAUCUGAUACACUGCUUGUGUGGAGAUUGUGGUGAGUCUAGAACUCCAACCGCUGUUGAGAAAUGUACAUGGAGAGGGAGUUUCGAGAACCAAUGAUUGUGUACAGAUUUUCAAUUUAAUUGUCCUUCCUUCUCCGGGAAAGGGAUGAAAUAGGUUUUGAUUUUUGCAAGUGUAGAGGGCAGAUGGCAUCGAGUUUGCUGGAAAAUUAAAUCUGUGUAUUUUCUAGGCUAAUCAAACAGUGUGUUGCACCAAGGCAUAUCUUUCUCUUCUUUC